AUGAAUACUAUUGUAACCAGUAAUGGAUAUCAUACCUCUCGUUCAAUAACGAAUGGACUCAAUGAUAAAUCCUCUACUAGUUCAACAAAACGAAAGAAAUUGAAAUCACGAACAACUCAGAAUGAUAUUUUUACUGAACAAAAAAAGUCGCAAAAAACAAAUUGCACAUUAUCAUCUUCGAUCGGCAAUAUAAUAGAUUCUACUAAAAACAGUGAUCGAAUCGUAAAUCAAUCAUCUGCCACAGAUAGUUUACCAGUUCUGUUUUUGAAAACGAAUGCUACAUCAACAACUAAAAAAGCUCAGCAAACAAUUGACACAUUGUCAAAACGUGACAAUAAAAAAAUUCAGCUUAGUCCAUCAUCAGAUACUGUAUCGUCAAGUUGUGCACAAUCUCCUUCAGUUAUUCUUACACACCAUUCAAUCUAUCAGAAUCAUCUUCAUCAUAAAAUAAGUCCAGUACGAACAUCCUCUCAACAACGAAUUGAACGACAUAUUUCGUCACUUAGAAGACCUCAUAUCAACAAUGAAUAUUGUGAUUCAUGUGGUGAUCGUUACGGUGAAUUAAUCUCGUGUGACACAUGUCCAGCAACAUUUCAUUUACUAUGUGCUAAUCCACCAUUAUCGAGGGAAGAUGUACCGUCUAGUUCAUAUCAUUGUGAAAAUUGUAUUGCUCAUAAACGAGAUAAUCUCUCAUCAUCUACGAGUGUAAACAAUAAUAAUAAUAACAACGAUACAAAUCAUCAACAAAAAUCAGCAUUCUCAUUUGAUCCUAAAAAAGCCACAGCUAAGUUAAACGGAGGAUAUAAACAGGAUUUAUUUGAUAUUAAAAAAGCAUCGUCAUCAAACAAUAGCAAUAGCAAUAUUAAUCAGAUCGAUUUCUUGAACCUAACAACAAAUGAUUCUUUACCGUCACCUAAACGAAAAUUAUCAACUCUGUCAAAUCAGCGUGAACAUGAACAGAAUUCAAUUUCACUUGAUGUUAAAUCUGAUGCUGGACAAUCUCACAAAUCUCAUGUGUUUAAAAAGCGUUCCAAGAAGAAGUCAGUAAGAAAUACCAAUAAACGAAAACGAGUAGAUGAUAAUGAUGUUAUGUCAAUUAAAUCUUCGUCUCAUUUAUCAAAAGCAGUCACACUGAUGAACAAUCAUUCUUCAUCAAAAUUAAACUCGUCCGUCGAAGUAUUAAAAUGUUUAUUAUUAGCGACUAAAUCGGACGAAUUUAAAGGUCCAGCGGUACCCUAUGAUGUGAAUAGGACAAAUAGUCUUCAUCCAUCCUCGAAUCUGUCAAUUAAUGCUCCUUUAUCGUCUCUGACGACGAGGAAAUUAUCGCCUAUUAAUAAUUAUGUCAAUGUGAAUGAUCGAAAUGAUAACUGUACAUCAUCUACUCAUAUUUGGCAAAAAUACUGUUUUCUGUGUCGUCAUAUUAAAUCUCAUUCAAGGAUCAAUUGUCCUCUCGUUCAUUGUAAUUAUUGUCCGUUGACCUAUCAUUUAGAUUGUUUAAACCCACCGCUAACAUCGUUACCAAAACAAAAAUGGAUGUGUCCAAAUCAUAGUGAACCAAUAUUAGAUAAAAAAUUACUUAAACAUUACGGUCAGUUCACAUGUUUAAGUGAAAACAUAAAAUUAUAUAAAAAAUAUUCAAAUAUACAACCAAAUUUAAUUAUACAAGAUUUUUCUCAAUUAAGAAAAAAUAGAAAAUAUUUGACUGUGUUAAAUCAGAAUAAAACACAUUUAGAGCACAUUCAAGUUAGUCAGAUACCAAAAUCAAUUGAGAAUUAUUAUAAGAAAAUAUUUAAUGACAAUAGUCAACAACGAAAGAAAAAAUUUAAAAUGAAUGAUGAUGAAGAUAAUAAAGGGCAGACAGAUAUAAUAGAAUAUGAACAGAACAACAAUAGAUAUGAGAAUUAUAACAAAAUUACCACGACCAAUGUGUAUAAUACUGAAGUGUGGGAUGUAAUUCAAUCAAUCAUAGAUGAUGUUGUUAAAUUAAAAUCAUAUCAAUUGCUAUCAAUUAAAACAGACAUAAAUGGAAUGCAAGAUAAUGAAAAACAAGUUCAAGAACUCCAAGAAUCAACAAUUACUUUGAAUACAAUUGAUCAAUAUUUGAAUACAUUGAAUGAGUCGAAUUAUUUUCAUUAUCGAUCAAUUUCGAAACCUAUUCAUGUUGAAAGUAAUGGUUUAGCUGCACUUGUUACUGCCGCAUCUUCAUUGUACGAAGAACAACAACAACAGCAACAAUUGAAUCAAAUAACACCAAUGACAAUCAAAUCUCAGCAUUCUCAAAUACAACUAUCAACUACAGCAUCAAAACUACGUCAAUCGACAAAAGUUAUUACACAACAAAAACCAAAAACAUUUCAGUUAUCCCAACAUACUUUCUAUAAGCAAUAUUCAGUAUCGUCAAAUCCAUCAUCUUCACCUUCUACAACGACCACACAGUCUGAUACUUCAUUAAAAGUUGUCUCACCACCACGCGCAACGCCUAGUUCUUCUUAUCACACAGUUAAAUCAAUUGUACAUAAUGAUCAACAAAUCAAUAAUUCUCUAACACCAUUACAGACUAAUACCUCUAUAUCAUCACAUCCAUUGUACAUUACACCACCACCUUUUGUACAUAGUGAUCAUGUUUAUAAUAAAACAAUAAUAGAUACACAACCACCGUCUAAUACCAUCGUCAUUGAUCAGAAGCAAGAACAGUCAAAACAACAGUCACAACAACAGUCAGUUAUUUCACCUUAUAAAUCCAUAAUGGAUUUUGAAAAAUUUCGUUUAGCCUAUGCGGCAUUGAUUCAUACACGUACUCAUCAAGUACUUUACUUAAAUAAACGUAAUAUAUGGUUUGGUUUAUCCAUAUCGAAUGAUAUAUGUCUUACUAAAUUUAACGGCUUAUUAACGUGUCCGUAUAUUAGUGAUAAACAUGCUUGUCUUUAUUACGAUGAAAAAACAAAUGUAUUUGAACUAUUAAACUAUAGUGAAUAUGGAACAAUAGUUGAUGGAUUGAGAUAUGGUUUAGGAGACAUAUCCAGUGAUGACGACGAUGAUGAUGAUGAUGAUGCCGAACAGAUAGAGGACCAGAGCGACAAGAUUACUAACAGUGGAACUAAUGAUGCAUUAUCAAUUCCGUUACAACGAUGUUGUUGUCAAUCAUUAUCAAAAUCUCAUUCAGCAUGGGAUGGGGCAGCACGUAUUGAUGCUGGAACAGUGAUACAACUUGGUUGUCAUGAGUUUAUAUUCUAUCGCUACGUUGUACGAUAA